ACGACGUGCAGCGGUUCAAAGAGGAAGGAAGAUGGCGGAUAACAAAGGCGAGGAGGAUAUGGAACCGUCUGCUAGCUCGGACACGGUGCCUUCAGAGCAGGACAGCGGGAACCCAGAAACGAAAGCCGAGAGUGCGGUAAUAGUCAUAGAACCGAAUGCGAAGGAGGGCGAGGACCCGGAGGCCCGGGAUAAUGCUCCGCAGGCACCGACACCCACAAGCGACGGAGGGGACGCUAGCAGCGGCGGGGCUGCUGGAGCGGGAGGGGAAGCUGACGGCGGCUCCGGCAGCACCGUUAGUCCAGCUGGGAACAGUAACACCAACUCAGAACCGGCGGCCACCGAGUCCCCGGCUGCCGGAGAUGCUCCUGCCGGCGGACUUACCACUGAAAUGUCCCCCCCUCCUGCCGUUCCAGCGGCUACGCCGGUUUCCACCCCCAUCAAUUUAUUGGAUACGUGCGCGGUGUGUAAACAAAGUCUCCAGAGCCGUGACUGUGAACCAAAACUUCUGCCUUGCCUGCACUCUUUUUGCUUAAAAUGUAUCCCCCAACCCGACAGACAGAUAAGCGUACAGGUGCCUGGACCUCACGGGCAGACAGACACACACAUAGUAAAUGUUAUGCGCUGUUCAGUAUGCCACCAGGACUACAAACAGAGUGACAUUAUUGACAACUACUUUGUCAAAGACACCACAGAAGCCACCAGCACGUCCGAUGAAAAAGCUGCACAGGUGUGCACAAGCUGUGAGGACAAUGCAGGAACCAUUGGGUUUUGUGUGGAGUGUGGGGAGUGGCUGUGUAAGACCUGUGUGGAGGCCCACCAGAGGGUCAAAAUCACGAAGGACCACAAGAUCCGCACAAAAGAGGAUGCCAACGCCACCACUGAGUCUGUUGGUGCGUCCGGGCAGAGGCCUGUAUUCUGUCCCAUCCACAAGCAGGAGCCUCUGAAGCUUUUCUGUGAGACCUGUGACACUCUAACCUGCAGGGACUGCCAGCUGCUGGAGCACAAAGAGCACAGGUACCAGUUCCUGGAAGAAGCUUUCCAGAACCAGAAAGGCAUCAUUGAGACCAACAUGACCAAACUGCAGGAGAAGAAGAACUAUGUCCAUUACUCCGUCUCUCAGGUGCAAAGCAGGCUAAAAGAGCUCAAUGAGACACACAGGAAAGUGGAGCACGAGAUCAAGAUAGCAGUAUUCACUCUCAUUAACGAGAUUAACAAGAAGGGCAAGUCCUUGCUGCAGCAGUUGGAGAGUGUGACCAAAGAACGCAGUAUGAGGCUUGUGGCUCAGCAUAAGGACACCACCCAGCUGGCCCAGCAGAUCCACCAUGUUCUCAACUUCUGCCACUGGGCCAUCACGACUGGCAGCAGCACAGCACUGCUCUACAGCAAAAGGCUGAUCCUGUUUCAGCUUCGCCAGGUCUUCAAGGCCAGACUGGAGCCAGUGCCUCAGGCCAAUGGAGCUGUGCGCUUCUUCUGUGAUCCCACCUUCUGGGCCAAGAAUGUAGUGAAUCUAGGUAACCUGGUAAUUGAAAAGCCACCACAGCCAGCACACCCAUCUAACAUGAUGGUGGGAGGCCCUCCCAUUUCGCCGGCUGCAGGCCACCCGGGAAAACACCCAGGACAGAUCAACCUGGCCCAGCUCCGGCUGCAGCACAUGCAGCAGGCGGCCUAUGCCCAACAGAAGCAGCAGCAGCAGCAGCAACAGCAGCAUCAGCAGCAGAUCCAGCAGCAAAUGCGCAUUGCCUCCCAAAUGUCCCAGCAACACCCUAGACAGGCCGGCCCGUCAAUGGUACAGCUGCAGCCCCCUAGGCUCAUCAGUAUGCAACAGCUCCCAAGGGGCCCUGGCGGUAUGAAUGGCGGUCCAGGUCCCCACAUGUACCCCUCGUCCCACCACACACGUCUACCGGGUCCACCGCCGGGCCGAAUGCCCACGGCCCAGCCAAGACACAACGGCCAGCAGUAUCCCUCCAUGAUGCAGCCUCAGCUACAGAGACAGCAUUCCAACCCAGGGCACGCAGGACCUUUCCCGGUGGCAUCUCUUCAUAAUGCCAACCCCACCAGUCCCACCAGUGCCAGUAUGGCUGGUGCUCAUGGUCACAGAGGCCCUGCCAGUCCCAUCAUUGGUCCCAUCGAGCUCAUUCCCUCCGUUACCAACCCUGAGAACCUUCCCUGCUUACCUGAGAUCCCACCCAUUCAGCUGGAGGAUGCUGGUUCUAGCAAUCUCGGCCACCUCUUGACCCGGUACAUCACAGCCAGCACCCACCCUCAGCUGGGCCCUGUUGACAUGAACCCUUCGCCCGGACCCUCCACUCACUCCCCUGGCUCCUCAGGUCUGUCCAAUGCCCAUACACCAGCACGACCGUCUAGUACCUCCAGCACAGGCAGCAGAGGCAGCUGUAGUUCCGCAGGGAGGGCGGGGACAGGAGGCGGAGCUCCAGCCGAGCAGGUGAAGGUGAAGCAGGAGCCCGGGGCCGAGGAUGACUACAGCUGCACAGCCUCCUCUCUCAAGACGGAGCGAGGGAUGGAUGCAGGAAGGAGCGCCUGCAUGAUGAGCAGUCCUGAGAACAGCCCUCUCCCUGUACUGGGAGCCGUGUCUACAGGUCAAGACGCGCUCAAGGCCCUAGGGGAGCGCAUCAAAACUGAGCCCAAGUCCGAGACACCCUGCUCUGGGUUAAACGGCUCCAGCACCGCUGCUUCCUCCUCUACCAUCACCACUACCUCAUCAUCUGCCGAGAACAGCAGCGGUGCUGCAGAGCCUCCGCUCACCAACGGCAACUCGGACAAGCGAGUGGAGACCACAGAGGGCGGGGCGUCCGCUGAAAGGGGUAAUUCUGGUGAGAAGGAGGAUGACCCCAACGAGGACUGGUGUGCUGUUUGCAUCAACGGUGGUGACCUGCUGUGCUGUGACCGCUGUCCCAAAGUGUUCCACAUGAAAUGCCACGUCCCCACCAUCAAAAUCUUCCCCAAGGGCGACUUUCUCUGCACGUUUUGUCGGAGCCUUAGCAACCCAGAGAUUGAAUACUGUGACGACACCAAGAAAGCCAAGGCUGACCAGGGAAUGAGUCCUGAGGACCAAAGGAGAUGUGAACGCCUCUUGCUGUACAUCUUCUGCCACGAGCUCAGCGUGGGUUUCAGGGAACCUGUUCCUAGUUCUGUACCCAACUACUAUAAGAUCAUUAAGCAGCCCAUGGACCUGAAGAAGGUUAAGAGGAAGCUGCAGGUGAGGAGCUCACAGCACUAUCAGACGACCCAGGACUUUGUGUCCGACGUGCGCCUCGUCUUCAAAAACUGCGCCAAGUACAAUGAGAUGUCUCGAAUAAUCCAGGUAUAUGAUGAGGAGAAACAGAUUAAUGCGCAGGCGGGAUCAGAGAUGGCCACGUCCGGAAAGGCAGUGAGCGUCUACUUUGAGGAGAAGCUGCUGGAGAUGUUCCCAGGACAGAGCUUCCCCGAAACGCCUGAAACCGAGUCCGUGGACACAGAGGAGAAGGAGGAGGAGGAGCCCACCGAUGACUCGGAAGACGAUUUCAUACAGCCGAGACGCAAGCGGUUAAAAACAGAUGAGAAAGUGGUGCACAUCAAGUGAGGGGGUGGGGGACACACCACAGAACAGAAGACAGGAGAAGUGAAACAGCUGUCUUCCUCAUCUCCCACACUUCUCCUUUGUUCGAGGUGACAGACGUGAAGGACGAGAUUCAUUGUACAAACUGCUAGGUUUGUCUCAUCCUUGCCUUUGAAAGAUUUAUUGUCAGAUACAUAAGAAAUCUGCCUUUGUCUGGACUGAAGACAGAACAACAGAAGAGCUGCAUCUCCUCAAUUCACGGACACUCAUGAACUUUGCUUGUACAGAUUUUGAAGUAGGAUUUGUUUUGCGGUAGUUAAGUUAAUGACUGGUAAAUUCUUUUCUAUCAUCCAUUAUUAUGUUUGUAGAUUUGUUGUGACAUUUGCUUUAUAAAACAUUUGAAUCGCCCAUUCCCAGAUCUUAAUGGAUUAUAUCUAUACUUUGACAUGAAACCUAUCAAGUAUUUGUAUGACUUUGUGGAAGCAUUAUGUAAAUAAGAGAAUCUAGCCCACUGAAGGUAUUCCUGUAGAUGUCUGGGUGCGUCAUCAAUAAAACCUCUUCUUGAACUAUAUCA